CCCCCCCCCCCUCCACCCCAUCUUCUCCGCGGGCGAUCCUCCCCCGGUCGCACUUCGCGUCCCUCAUAGGUCGCCAUGGCCAUCCUCAUUCGGAGGUCCAUUUCCCUGCGGGCGGCCCUGUUCGUCGUGCUCCUGACGAUCGCGGCUCUCUGCUUCAUCGCCCUGAUGUCCACGAGCCUGGUCAUCGAGGAGGACCGGCGGCGCCUGGUGGCAGCCACCGCGGCAUCGGCCACCACCAGCCUCCUGGAGCAGCCGCUGGCGUCGCUCAUGUGCACGGCGGCCGUCGGCUCGCGGCCGCUCCUGUGGCGCAGCGUCUUCGACCGGCCGGAUGGCGAUGCGCUGCUGCACUCGAACUCGGUGUCGGUGGCCGCGGUGCGGGCCUUCCGCGCGGCGCACCCGGACGCCACCUCCUUCCAUAGCGAGUAUGCGCCGCAGGCGGGCGAGCCGGUGCCGGCCAUCGCCCCGGCCAGCGGCAUGGAGCAAUUCUCCGCCGGGUAUGGCCCCUCGGCCGGGCUGACCACCUACGACAUGGACGACGACCCGGCCGAGAAGUACAUCGUCACCAGUGCCUAUGGGCUCUUUGGGGACCGGCAAAUGCAGCUGUUUGCCCUGUUGGACCUGGCGGCCCUGCUCCGGCGCAGUGUCCUGGUCCUGCCGUACGCCGGCACGGCCAUGAGCGAUGUGUAUGACUAUGCCCCGAUGAACAAGUACCUGGAGCGCGCGGCCCAGGGGACGCACAUCUUCCGCGAGGGCCGCGAAGUGACCGAUGGCCGGCCCCUGCGCCGGCCCCUGCGCGUCAUCGACUGGAAGGAUUACUCCGAGUCGCACAAUGGCUCGCGCUGUGUGGUGGCCAGCAACUUGCACUUCUACCAUGAAAAUGAGAUGGAGGACGCCCCCUGGUGCCGGAUCGGGGUGGCCGAUGACGACGCCGGCGGCGACCAGGAGGCCGUCCUGCUGCAUGGCUGGAACCCGGUCACCUGCCCGCAUGUGCCCCGCCAGGGGCCCCUGACGCCGGGGCUGGCCGCCGGGCCGGGCACCUGCAAGCUUCGCCAUGCGCCCUCCAUCGAGCCCAUGCGCCAUGAGACCGCGGACUUGCUGUAUGUCACCGGCGAGCUGGCCUCCUCGGCGUCGGUGGCCGCGGCGCUCAAUGACCGGUCCGGCUCGCUGUCCAUCUACACCCAGCCCGAGCGCCAGUACCUGCGCGAGUACAAGCGCAACAGCUCCCUCAGCCGGGCCUUCUCCAAGGACUUCCAGAAGGAGUGCACCAAGAUGUAUGAGCUCAUCAGCAAGGACCAGGCCGCCCAGCAGGCCACGCUGGUGGUCCGGGCCCAUGCGGCCGCGCGCCUGGCCGCCGAGCCGGUCAAUCGCACCGAGCGUGUGGCCAUCUCCGCCGGGGACACGGACAAGCCGGCCGCCCGGCGCACGGGUGACAACUCGCCGGCCGGCAGCGAUGCCAGCGGCUCGGACGACUCGGACGACUCGGACGAUUCCGACGACUCGGACGACUCGUCCGCCGGGUCGGGCUCGGCCCUGGCCGCCUCCGGGCUCAAGGCCGACGGCAGCACCCUGCAGGAGGGCAGCGACGACUUCGGCAGCCUGGACACCCUGCCGACGGUGGCCUCCGGCCCGGAGCCGACCGCGGCCCAGCGCGCUCGCCGGGACCUGGAGAUGGACGCCGAGGCGGCGGUCCCGGCCGGCGGCGCCGACGCCGGCACCAACCCCCACCUGCUGACCGGCGACCUGGCCAAGCACAUUGCCGCCCUGCCGCCGGCCAACGGCACCAUCUGCGUGCACAUUGCCAUUGCCCAGCGCGGCCGGUCCAGCGUCCUGGACACCACCCUGGAUCUGGUGGAGUUCUUCACGGCCGAUGUCAAUGCCACGUCGCUCUUCAUCGUCACCGACGCCAACCCCGAGCAGCUGACCCGCAUUGCCGAGCGCUUCCCCGGGGUGCCGGUCAACUGCCCGCCGAAGGACAUCUACCCCGGCUGCCGGACCAACGUCGUGCGCAAGCUGGCCAUGCUGCAGUACACCUGCGCCCUGCACGACCAUGUUGUCCUGGCCAACGCCAACACCUACUCGGCCGGUAUUCGCAACCUCCGCCGGUCGAACCAGCCCAAGCCGGUGUUCUUCCCGCCGCUGGUGUACUUCUGAGUCUGCCUCU